AUGUCGGAGUCGGGGCAGAGCUCCAUCGAUCAGUAUGAGUGCGGUCAGUGUUGGUGGGGUGCGGUGAUGGUGGGUGGAGUGCAGCUAGUUGUGCUUCAGGGCGCUGAGGCACUGCAACAGGGCGACUGGCGCCUGUUUGGGCGCCUCAUGUCGGAGUCGGGGCAGAGCUCCAUCGAUCAGUAUGAGUGCGGUCAGUGUGGGUGGGGUGCGGUGAUGGUGGGUGGGGUGCAUCUGGCUCGGCUGGCUCUUUUGCUCUUCUCAUCCUCCCUCCCUCCCUUCCUCCCACUUCCCCUCACUCUUCUCCUUCUCCCCUGUCCCCACCAUCACAGGCAGCCCACCCCUCGUAGAGCUCCGUCCACCCCUCAUAGAGCUCCACUCAAUCCUCCUGGCCACACCGGGGGUGCUCGGGGCCAGGUUCAGCGGUGCCAGCUUCAGGGGGUGCUGUGUGGCCACUUCCACUCUUCUUCCCUCCACACGCCCCUCUCAUCUCCCUGCUUCUCUCUCUACCUUCCCUCCCUCACAGGUAGCCCACCCCUCAUUGACCUCCGAUCAAUCCUCCUGGCCACACCGGGGGUGCUCGGGGCCAGGUUCAGCGGAGCGGGCUUCAGGGGGUGCUGUGUGGCGCUGGUGGCGCGAGAGAAGGUUGCUGACGUGGCGCGCCACGUGGCGGAAUUGUAUUCGCGGAGACAGCCUGAGCUGGCGACAGCUUGUCAGAAGGAUGGCAUGGUGGUGGUGUGUGAUAUAUGCGAUGUUCCGCCCCCCCACUACAUGGCGCAGUUCCGCCCCCCCACUGCAUGGCGCAGCUCCCAUUUGGGCCCAGCUCCGCCCUCUGAGCAGCUCCGCCAUCACUGCAUGGCGCAGCUGCACCCUCGGCGCAGCUCCGCCAGACCCGCCCUCAGAGCAGCUCCGCCCUCAGAGCAGCUCCGCCCUCAGAGCAGCUCCGCCCUCAGCGCAGCUCCGCUUCACUGCAUGGCGCAGCUGCACACGUCAUCAUCGUCGUCCUCCAUCUCCCACCACGCCAGGUCAUCGGGAUGUUUCGUCUCGCUGCACGCAAACAAGGUUGCAGGUGGGGGAUGUGGAGGGGGGGGAGGUGGGGGGAAGAGGUGGUGGGGAGAGGUGGGGGGGGGAGGUGGGGUGGAGAGGUGGUGGGGAGAGGUGGGUGGGAGAGGUGGGGGGGAGAGGUGGGGGGGAGAGGUGGGGGGGAGAGGUGGUGGGGAGAGGUGGUGGGGAGAGGUGGUGGGGAGAGGUGGUGGGGAGAGGUGGAGGGGAGAGGUGGUGGGGAGAGGUGGUGGGGAGAGGUGGUGGGGAGAGGUGGUGGGGAGAGGUGGUGGAGAGAGGUGGUGGGGAGAGGUGGUGGGGAGAGGUGGUGGGGAGAGGUGGUGGGGAGAGGUGGUGGGGAGAGGUGGUGGGGAUGAGAAGGAUUAA